AAUUCAUGGAGAGCCUACAGGACCCAGACCUGAACGUGCGCCGUGCCACUCUGGUCUUCUUCAACUCAGCUGUGCACAACAAACCUUCGCUGGUCCGGGACCUGCUGGAUGACAUCCUUCCCCUCCUCUACCAGGAGACAAAGAUCCGCCGGGACCUCAUCCGAGAGGUGGAGAUGGGCCCCUUCAGGCACACAGUGGACGACGGGUUGGAUGUGCGGAAGGCGGCCUUCGAGUGCAUGUACUCGCUGCUUGAGAGCUGCCUGGGCCAGCUGGACAUCUGUGAGUUCCUGAACCACGUGGAGGAUGGGCUAAAGGACCACUACGACAUUCGGAUGCUGACCUUCAUCAUGCUCGCCCGGCUGGCCACCUUGUGUCCUGUACCCGUCCUGCAGAGGGUGGACCGGCUCGUUGAGCCACUCAGGGCCACGUGCACUGCCAAGGUCAAGGCUGGAUCUGUGAAGCAGGAGUUUGAGAAGCAAGACGAACUGAAGCGUUCUGCCAUGAGGGCGGUGGCUGCUCUGCUGACCAUCCCUGAGGUGGGGAAGAGCCCCAUCAUGGCCGACUUCUCGUCCCAAAUCCGCUCGAACCCCGACCUCGCCACUCUCUUUGAAAGUAUCCAGAAGGAUUCUGCUUCAGCCCUAAGUACGGAUUCCAUGGAGCUCAGCUAGUUUUUCCCCAGGGCCCACCAGGUGGGCCCUCACUCAGGAGAAAGAGCCCAUCCCAACCCAAAGCCUCAUCCUCCCACCACCGCAGGCCUCAGGCCCCUACUUUAGCCCUUCUGCUCGUGGUUAGGGUUUCCAGUGCCUUCUCCAGGGACCCAAGCCCACAGGUCCCCAGCCCAAGCUGUGACGCUACCAACAGUUGGGCCCUUUAGCUCAGGACAUUCAGCCAAAGAAAUAGGGCAAGGGUUUUCCUGUGACUUGUCACUCUAUCCCUCUAAGUCUUUGAACUAAGUCUUUGAACUGGGGAGUCCCUGCCUCACAAACUAUUUAGAAAUAGGCUGUGCUCACAGCUGUGAGAGGGUAGGAGGCUGCAGACACCACUCCCCUUUCUUCACUGCUUUCUAUCUGGACUCUGCAAUGCCAGAAGUUAGUGCUCCAGCUGGGCACCUCAAAACGGACAAACACACACAUUUUCAUUUUAAAAUUCAAAACAUGAGGCUGGGCACCGUGGCUCACACCGGCAAUCCCAGCAUUUCAGGGGCACUGCUUGAAGCCAGGCAUUUGAGAUCAGUGUGAGCAAUGCAGUGAGACCCUGUUUUCCACAAAAUAAUUUUAGAAACUCAAAACCCUUAAUUUCUAACUAGCAGCAAUGAAUGAGGAAUUUGGAAGAUACUAAGGUUUUUUUGCAGGGAGAACAGAUGAGAUAGGGUGCUGGACAGGCUUAGACCUAAUGUUUCAUUUCAAAUGCGUACUAAUCAGCAAAUUGAGAAACAGGCAAAGUUCAAGUCACCCUUUCCCAUCACCACCCAGGCAAAACCAGUUGGUUUGUCCUUCUGAGGAAGGUUUCAGAUGUGUCAUUUCUAGCUUUUAGUACUGAAGAAACUUGAAUAACAGGCCAAAGUAUUUUCUGUGAUAUCCCAGGUUAAUAAAAAAUGAUCCUAAAUCA